AUGAAUUGUAUCCCUAGUCCAAUUAGUGAAAGGAAAAUCCAAAUUAAUAAUGAAGAUUGUAUAGGCAAGGAAAAUGCUUUCCAUACCAUUCCAAGAGAAAGUUCAAUUAACUUGACACCUCACUCUACGAAUGAAAAAAAAGUUCUAUCCGAGGUAAACAGUAACAAAAUCGAUUCUUUACAACUCCCUCGAGGUAAAUUGCAAAGAGAUUCCACCCAUUUGGAAAAAACAAGAAAGAGACAAUUAUCAAAUGAUUCAACCGAUCCUAUAGAGCCAAAAACUGUGAAAAAAAUAAAAUGUCAUCAAUGGAAAAAUUUGGAUUCGAUAGAGAUGGAUGAUCCAUUCAUGGUAGCAGAAUAUACAGAUUCUAUAUUUUCUCAUCUUUACGAGAAGGAAAUCCAAAUGCUACCGACACAUAACUAUUUAAUGGACACGCAAUCUCCCUAUCAUUUGAAAAGCUCCAUGAGGGCGCUGUUAAUUGACUGGUUGGUUGAAGUUCAUGAGAAAUUUCACUGCUUACCUGAAACAUUAUUUUUAGCGAUCAACCUGCUAGAUCGAUUUUUAUCACAAAAUGUUGUUAAAUUGAAUAAAUUACAACUACUAUGCAUCACUUGCCUGUUCAUUGCCUGUAAAUUUGAAGAAGUUAAAUUACCAAAAAUAACAAAUUUUGCGUACGUGACUGACGGUGCUGCCACUGUCGAAGGAAUUAGGAAGGCUGAGCUAUUCGUUCUAAGUUCUUUAGGUUAUAACAUAUCUCUACCAAACCCCCUAAAUUUCAUUAGGAGAAUUUCAAAAGCUGACAAUUACUGCAUUGAAACAAGGAACAUGGCCAAAUUCAUCAUGGAAUAUUCGAUUUGUUGUAAUAAAUUCAUCCACCUGAAGCCAUCAUAUUUAGCUGCAAUGUCCAUGUAUAUCGCCAGAAAAAUUAAAAAUGAAAAUUCCAAAUGGGAUGAAACUUUUAUUCAUUAUAGUGGCGGCAUUGAUAUUGAAUCAGAUCCAGCGUUUAAGGAUUUUAUCAGUGAACUAGUUGAAGAUAUUGCUGUACCUGAUACGAAUCUAGAUUCCUUGAGACUUAAAUACAAAAAGCCUAAACAUGGCAUGGUUUAUUUCAAGGUUUUUGACUGGUGUAAACAAAAACGUUGA